AUGAAUGCUGAAUUGAAUAUCCAAAUCCCUAAACCAGUGGACGUUUCACCACCGACAUCAUCGGAGGACGUCGAGAAAGGGAAGCGAGACUUCGAUGCCGAGCUCGCAAGCUCGCUCGAGAAAUUGAGUCUGGAAGAACGAGAGAAGGCUCUCUUUGAUCUUCAUGGAAUCUACUCGAGCAAUAGUCAGAAUGAAGAUGAAGCCCGACAGCAACAAUGGAUGGAUACAAUGAAAGAACAACUAAACAAGAAAAAACAUGGCACCGCUUAUGAGCUUGCUGAAAAGCUAGACUUUGCAUAUGUCUCAAACCCCAUUCUAAUGGACAUGUUCUUGAAAGCGUGCGAUUGCGAGCCUUUUGAAGCGUCCGAAAAGAUGAUUUACUUUUUUGAGCUGAAGCGUCAAAUCUUUGGUGUCCAAAAGCUUGUCAAAGACAUCACUUUAGACGACCUGGACGAAAAAGAUAAAGAGUACCUCAUCGAUGGGAGCAUCCAAAUUCUCCCGUUUGGUGACAUGUCAGGCAGAGACAUUCUCAUGCUUCAUGGCAGUCGCAAGCAGAAGGAUUCAAUUAAAAGUGAAGAAAGAGUCGGGUUCUAUAUCUUUAUGGAGAGUGCCAAGAGAGCCUAUCAUUCCAAAAUGUCCCGCGUCGUUUUGGUCUACUUUGGACUGGAGGCACCUGCACCUGAAACAAGCCGUCAAUCGGGACUUUGGUUUGGCAUGCCUUUCAGGGCAGCUGGAAUUCAUCUAUGCACUGGAAAUACAACAGAACUUGUCAGAGACUGUUCUGGAAUCACCAUGUUGCCAGAAAAAUGUCUAGCACGAACUCGAGUCCACAUUGGAUCUUAUGAUGAAUGUCACGAGAGUCUAUCCUCGUAUGGUAUCCCAUCUCACUUGCUCCCAGCUACGUUUGCUGAUAGUCCCACUAUUUCACAUCACUUGGAAUGGUACAGACAACUGGAAGAACGCACCAAGAAGCUCUCUACAAUGCCGCCUUCUCCUUCAGCGUUACCAGCACCAGGAACCUACUGCGAAAAAGAUGUCUUGUUUGGCCACAAGAGAAACCAUACGGGCAAUGCCCUCAUGCGCAAACUGGUGGAGCUCCAGCAGGAAGCCUACGAUUUGGCCCCAAAGGCUAGGAAAGUCAAGCUCGCCAUGAAAAUUGUGGAACAGAUCCAACAGUCUGGAGGAAGAUUCCUCCGACGAGACGACGAGGGUGAUUGGGUAGAGGUUUCCAGUGACAAGGCUCGGGAUAAGGUUGCCCACACUUUUAGGAAUCUAAGAAGAAUUAUUUCACAGCAGCAGUAA